ACUAACUCUCCCGGAAGAGGAAGUCCUGGAUGACUGCUGGAGCACACAGGGGCAGCCUGGUUGGAGCUCUGCCUACUGCUGGAGGGGUAAUGAGUUGUGUAUAGAGCUUCCGCACCAAAAUGCCAUUCCGAUGACAUCAUCAUCAUGCUUCUGACUGCGUACUUUGUACUUGUGGGUCUGCUAGCUCUAUGGGCAGUGCUGGAAUUUUCUGUCUGCCACUCCAAGCCACCAGCGACAAGCAGUUCCUCUGGCAAUCCAGCGUUUCGCAGUUUCCAAUAUGCCUUUUACAGAGCCUACUUUCCAGCUCUAGCUGCAGACUGGCUGCAAGGCCCUUAUCUGUACAAACUGUAUCAUCAUUAUCAUUUCCUGGAGGGUCAGAUUGCUAUCAUCUAUGUGUGUGGUUUUGGAGCCAGUGUAUUAUCAGGUCUGGUAAGUGCCCCACUUACAGGUCGACUUGGGCGAAGAAAGUCCUGCAUACUCUUUUGCUUUCUCUUAGCAGGGUGUUAUCUGUGCAAACUGUCCCAGGACUAUUUUGUUCUUCUGACCGGAAGGGUGCUGGGAGGCUUCUCCAGUUCCCUUUUGUUUUCUUCCUUUGAAGCAUGGUAUGGUCACGAGCAUGCUGAACAUCAUGAUUUCCCUGCUGAGUGGCUUCCUCACACCUUCUCUCAGGCAGCAACCUGGAAUGGGGCUAUUGCUGUAAUAGCUGGGGUGACAGCAAAUGCCUGUGCAGAGUGGCUUGGAUUAGGACCGGCUUCACCGUCUGUGCUUGCAGUGCCACUCCUAGUAUUAUCUAUAGCUCUGGUGGUACGUGAAUGGGAUGAGAAUCAUGGACAAAGCGCAAGCUUCACCAGGACGUGUGGUGAUGGAUUGCGGUGCUUGCUGAGAGACAGACGUGUACUUCUUUUGGGUGCCAUUCAGGCCUUGUUUGAAAGCGUAGUUUAUAUUUUCAUCUUUCUUUGGACCCCAGUACUAGAUCCUCAUAACACACCACUUGGCAUUGCCUUCUCCAGUUUUAUGGCAGCCAACGCAGCAGGUUCAUCUCUCUAUCGCCUUGGUACUUCCAAAAAAUAUCAUCUGCAACCCAUGCACGUGCUGUGUCUAUCUGUCCUAAUGGUCUUCUUCUCUCUGUUCAUGCUAACCUUCUCUACGGGUCCAGGCCAGGAACGUCCAACUGAGUCAUUCCUAGCCUUCCUCCUAAUCGAGUUGGCUUGUGGACUAUACUUUCCAGCUAUGGGGUUCCUGAGACGUCGUCUGAUUCCAGAAAAAGAGCAAACUGGUGUAUUGAACUGGUUUAGAGUUCCUUUGAAUUUACUUGCUGGACUUGGACUACUCGUACUUCAUGACACUGAUCACCAGACUGGCACAAGGAACAUGUUCAGCUUGUGUGCUUUUACAAUGUUGCUUGCUUUGCUCAGUGUAGUAAGUCUCUUUUCCUUGGUAAGGAAUGACCCAGAGCUGCGUUUACCAAGUUCUGAGACAGAAGCCAGCGGACCUGAGAGCUGAAUAGUCAGAAGAAAAUAGGUGCAUGCUGGGGAACAAACAAAAUCAGGAGAACCAGAAGGAUGGACAAAAUGUUUGGCCGAGGAACUGCAAGAUAACAAACAUGGGAAUAGGUAUUUUAUACAUUAUUUGAGAUGUGAAGUGUGUCAUGAUGGAAUUUAAAUAUUCUCUCCACUCCAGAUAACGGUUAAUGGAAGACGGAAUGGAAAAUAGGAUGUCCCAUAAAUUUGUUCUUCUAUGUUGCCUGGACUGCACUGAAGAAUUCACCAUGUCCUGACCUCUACGAUUAUUAAUGCAAAUAUUUAACUUGAUGGGGUGGCAAAGGGGUUUAUGAAGGUGUGAACUGAAACGUCCUGUUUUUUUUGGGGGGGGGGGGUUUUAAACGUUACUCGAUAUUAAAAUAUUGUGCUAAAAGCGUAUCUUUGCUCAAUAUGCAGCUUUAUGUUUCUUUGAAUCACAAAGUGUUUCUAGCUAUAAGUAGUCAUGUGUAGCCCGUAAUUUGCAGGACUGUUUUUUUUUUUGUUUUGUUUUUUUUUUUAAAUAUACGAAUAGUUGUAAACUUGGGAGAAACUCUAGAGGCUUUUUAAAAUUAAUGUCUCAAUUUGUUAAAUUUAUCUAAGUGGGGAAACUCCAGACGUGUAUACAGCUUUAAUUUCAAACCUCAAGUGAUGUCAGAAGCAGAAAGGAAGAGACAAAUUGAUGGGGAGGGAGUAUAUUUUUUAUCUUUAUUAUUUUAUUUGCUUGCAAAAACAAAGACAAAUACUUAAUCAAUGCUGUUUUUAUUUAUACUGUGUUAAAGGUCACAAUGGCAUGCUAGGUUUAUUUUUUUUACCAACCAUGUAGUCUCAUGCGUCUGUUCAUGUUACUUGCAACUUCAUUUGAAUGAACAAAGCUGUUCAGAAUGUAGGCUGAAACAUGUUUGCAACAAUAGCCGUGUUCUGCUCAUUGUCCACAACUAAGGCAUCAUGUAUAUAUUUUGACACCAUUGUGGGUAAACAGGGAGAUAUCUGAUUUUAAGUUAUCACCUUUCACAGAAUCGUUCAUCACUGUAAAAACAUCAGUCCGGGAGUAUCUGAGUUAUUUUGAAGUAAUAUAUAGAUAAUAGAAAACAAAUGGUAUUAUUAAAGGCUAAAUAUGUUUAUGGGUUAUUAAAUGUUUACUGGGGGUGAAGUGUGCAGUUAUGCAUAUAAUAACCUACAUUACUGCUACACUCAUGGGCCUUUACCUCCACCAUCCUGUCCUAUGCAUCUUCAUUCAACAAUCGCUUGCACACCAACA